GCUGCUUCGCGUGGCCAUUAUGAUAUUGUUAAAUGGUUGAUUGAUGCUGGAGCUAUUGUUGAUCUUGAGGAUCAAACUGGAGAAACGGCUCUCCUAAAAGCUUCUUAUAAUGGUCAUUCUUCAGUUGUUGCUUUACUUAUACAAAAGGAUGCUAAUGUUUCUUUGAGAGACAAUGAUGGUUGGACUGCAUUGCAUAAUGCUUCCGCUCAAGGUCAUUUAAAGAUCGUAAAAUAUUUUAUUGAAUAUACUAAAGCUGAUAUUGAUGUGAAGAGUAGUAAAGGUUAUACUCCAUUA